CCAGAUGCUGGAGAGCAGGUGAGGGUCGUGAGAACUCUCUGAACCGUGGGCACCACUUCCUGUGCUGGAAAGUACCUGGAAGGAACGCUUUGCCGCUCCAAUCUGAGCUCUUUAAGAGGUUGUCAUGCUAUUUGCAAAGCACAGAGCAUUGCCAAUGGGGAAGUCCCAGUGAAGCUAACUUUGGGCUGGUGCUCACGCUGGGCCUACUUAAAUUAAACCACAUUCUAGAAUAAUCGGGACUCAGGAAAUGAGGAAGUAUUCCAGACACAGGCAAACAAGCCCUGCACACCACUGAAUUGGCGUGACCCACCCAGGUACACUGCCUGACUAAGGGAGGAUGCUGUUAUCACGUCACCCAAGAGCGCUUAAUACACAGACAGGUGCACCAUCCAGGUUCUCACCACCUCGUAGUUCAGGUCAUCUCCAAGGUGUGCAGUCCUCACCCAGACAACACACAGCUGCACUGACCAGGUCCCCAUCACCUCCUGGUCCUUGUCAUCACCACCCAGGGGCACGGAGUCCUCACCCAGACAACACAGGGGCACUGAGCAGGUCCCCACCGCCUCCUGGUCCUUGUCACUACCACCCAGAUGCACACAGUCCUCACCUAGACAACACACAGGGGCACUGACCAGGUCCCCAUCACCUCCUGGUCCUUGUCAUUACCACCCAGAUGCACAUAGUCCUCACCCAGGCAUCACAAGGGGCACUGACCAGGUCCCCAUCUCCUCCCAGCCCAUGUCCUCACCACCCAGAGGCACAAAGUCCUCACCCAGACAACACACAGGUGCACUGAUCAGGUCCCCAUCACCUCCUGGUCCUUGUCAUCACCACCCAGGGGCACGGAGUCCUCAUCCAGACAACACAGGGGCACUGAGCAGGUCCCCACCACCUCCUGGUCCUUGUCACUACCACCCAGAUGCACACAGUCCUCACCUAGACAACACACAGGGGCACUGACCAGGUGUCUAUCACCUCCUGGUCCUUGUCAUCACCACACAGAUGCAUCGAAUCCUCACCCAGACAACACACAGGGACACUGACUAGGUCCCCAUCACCUCCUGGUCCAUGUUAUCACCACCCAGGAGGAGGGAAAGGAAGGGAGGGAAUAAGGUAGGGAGAGGUGGGGGGAAGAGAGGAAAGGAGGGAGGCGGUAAGGGAUGGAGGGAGGGGAGGUCCAGGGAGGAAGGGAAGCAGGUUGGGGAGCUGAUGGGCCUGCCUUAGGAUGGUGACGGGGUGGAGGAGAAAGAGAGGGUGGGGGUUGCAAGCUGGUAGAUGACCACACAGGGGAGCGAGCUCCAGGGGUUUGGCAGCCCGGGUGGCCCAGAAUGAGGACAUCCAGAACAGAAAGGGGGUUGGACAGGAGCCAGUGGCCCAAGGGGGAUUCCACCCAGGACCAGCCAGGUCCCAGGUCAGCUCUCCUGGCCCUCACACCAUGGCACCCCAGUGGUCUGCUGUGUAAACCCGGCUGCAGGCCAGUGCUCACUGGGAGAGAGGGUGGACAGGAAACGUUUGUGCCUCCUCACUGGGAGGAGGGGGAAGGAGAGUGGAGGUAAGCUAGGGACCUCAGCUGGGUCACCCCUGGGUCAGCCCAGGAGAACAAGUGGUGAAGGGGUAGAGGCCGUACCAGGCAGGAAGCCACUCCACAGACAGGCACAGGCCACACUUGUCCCGGGGCCACCGGCUCUCAGGAGCAGCUUGAGGGGGGCACACCUUCUGGCCAGUUCCCAUCAGACUUGCUCAGAGGUCAAAGGCCACUCUGCCCAGGGAUGUUGCAACAGAAGUACUGGAGUGAAAGUGUGACCACAGGGUCACCGAGGGCCAGAGGCUGGGGGUGCAGUCUGUACCCGUUUUCCCGUGAGCGUCCCCUCUCUGACCCCCAAGUCCCCGUGGGACUCUCCACCGACCUUUGGGCCGCCCAGUCCCGGCCAGUGAGAACCGGUUGGGGCGGAUGUCACAGCAGCUCCGUGGCCCUGUCGCAGGUCGGGACACGUGCGCCCCUCAAGGCCACUCCCUCCCUGGGGCCCUGCCGGCCCAGUUUCUGGCUGCCAAUCCGGUCGGACGUGGAGUUUAGGAAGUGCCAUUGCCCCGCGGCAGAGACAGCAGGAGGAACCGGGGACUCGACCAGGACCCAGCAGACUCCGAGGCCGAGAGCCCAGGGUUCACCUCCAAUGGGCUGGCAGGUGAGCACUUCCGGCAGGUUCCAGACUCGGUGCUGCACCAAUGCUAACUGGAUGUCAGAGCUGUGUCCUCGGCUCUGGGAUGUGCCCCUGCACCACCUCUCCAUCCCAGGGAGCCACGACACCAUGACCUAUUGCUUGAACAAGAAGUCCCCGAUUUCCCACAGGGAGCCCAAACUGCUGCAGCUCCUGAGCAAGGUGCUGCCCUGCGUCACCCGCCCCGUGAUCCUCAAGUGGUCGGUCACACAGGUUCUGAACAUCACGGAGCAGCUGGACGCGGGGGUCCGGUACCUGGACCUGCGGGUGGCGCACAUGGCGGGGGGCCCUGAGAAGAACCUGCACUUUGUGCACAUGGUGUACACGACGGCGCUGGUGGAGGACACACUGACCGAGAUCUCUGAGUGGCUGGAGAAGCACCCCCGGGAGGUAGUCAUCCUGGCCUGCAGGAACUUUGAGGGGAUGACGGAGGAUCUGCACGAGUACCUGGUCACCUGCAUCAAGAACAUCUUCGGGCACGUGCUGUGCCCCCGCGGGGAGGUGCCCACCCUGCGGCAGCUGUGGGCGCGCGGCCACCAGGUCGUCAUCUCCUAUGAGGAUGAGGGCUCGGUGAGCAGACACGGGGAGCUGUGGCUGGGCAUCCCGUACUGGUGGGGGAACAAGGUGAAGACGGGUGACCUCAUUCGCUACCUGGAGCUCAUGAAAAGCGUCGGGCGCCCAGACAAACUGUUUGUGGCCGGCAUCAAUCUCACUGAGAAUCUGGGAUAUGUGCUCGUGCACCCAUCACAGUCCCUGAAGACCAUGACGUUGCCCAGCCUCCCGUACCUGGGUGCCUGGGUCCGAGAGCAGUGUCCAGGGCCCAGCUCCUGCUGCACCAACAUCAUCGCCGGCGACUUCAUCGGUGCAGACGAUUUCGUCAGCAACGUCAUACGGCUCAAUGACAAGCUGCUGAGGUGCUGACCUGCUGCUUGGUGAAGUCCAGUACGUGGUGAUCCUCAGCUAUCAGGCCCUUUUGUGAAGUCCAGUAUGCAGCGGCUCCGAGGCUGACCCUUAGUCCUACAAGUAUGCCACCAUUUUUGUGACCAAAUGCCGGUGAGGAGGACUGGGGUCCCGUGGGGUCUGCGUGGGGUCUGCUCAGCCUCCUCUUGCCUCCCUGGCAUGGAGCCUCUCACCACCAGUGGUCACAGUUUCUCCACUGGGAGGGGUUAAAUAUAUACGCAGAUGAUUAAGGAUGACAUGACAGCAUCUUGGAAGGAAGAAAAGGACCUGUAGUGUAGAGUUCUGAUCUUCUGGGGUCCAACUCAUCUGUGCUGUGGUUGCUGAGGAGAGAGCCUCCCUAGGCUGCCUCGUUUUGGUGGCUUUGAGAGUUUCAGCAUAGCAUUUGGAUAGCUUCAAGGGCCUGCUAACACACAGAGUGCUCAAGAUUAUUAUGCUGGUUGGAUAGGACUGAAGAUGUUGGAAUCCUAUUAAGAAAAAAAAAAAAUUCCAAUGAAAUCACAGGCUGUUUUUUCCCAGCCCAGCAGGCUUCCUAAGGGCUGGCUGGUUUUAUUUCACUUUUUCCAAGUGUUAACAGAAAUGAAUGGAAUGGAAUGUUCACAUUUAUUACAAAGGUGGAAAUGACUGGCAGGGUUAGAAUGGUGUUGAGUACAUGCUCCCCCACACUUCCCAGAGGCCUUUCUGUAAUGUUUUCACAUGGGGUAAUAAAUGGGUGGGGCAGGUGUAACACAGGAAUAAUGAGCCCCACUUCAUGCUCAUGUUGUGACCUUAUUGCACAUUGUUUCUUGUCCUCAUGACCACCCCGUGGACACUGCUCACGUCUUCCCUGGGGUAAGGAAAUGAGUGGGGCGGGUAUAUAACACAUGUAUAAUAGGACUUGCUCCAAGCCCAUGUUGUCACCUUGGUGUUACAAGUUAUUUCUCAUCCUCAUGACUGCCCCUUGGACACUGCUCACGUCUUCACUGGAGUGAGAACACAGAUGGGGCAGGUAUAGCACACGUAUAACAGGCCCUGCUCCAUGCCCACGUUGUCACCUUGCUGGUACAAGUUGUUUCUUGUCCUCAUGGCCGCCCCUUGGACACUGCUCACGUCUUCACUGGGGUAAGAACACAGAUGGGGCAGGUAUAACACACGUAUAACAGGCCCUGCUCCAAGUCCAUGUGGUGACCUUGCUGUUACAAGUUGUUUCUUGUCCUCAUGGCCGCCCCUUGGACACUGCUCAUGACUUCACUGGGGUAAGAACACAGGUGGGGCAGGUAUAACACACAUAUAAAAGGCCUUGCCCCAAGCCCAUGCUGUGACGUUGCUGUUACAAGUUGUUUCUCAUUUUCAUAACUGCGCUUUUGGACCCUCCCCAUGUUUCCUCUCUCACCUGGCCACUUCAGAUAAGGUUCCUCAACCUUCCUCUUCUCUGCCCAGUCACUCCAGACGCAGGUAUGUUGGCUGCACUGCUCCUCUGGUGCACACUGGAAUUCAAACCUCUUGUCUUCACUCUCCUAUUUUUGCCCUCUUAACCACACCUGUGAUUCUCUCCUUCCUCCCAAGGCUGCAGAUCAGUGUUUGUCAGUUUUCCAACUUUCUAACCCUCCUUUUGCCUCAAGGCCUUGUGGGAGACUGGCCAUUUUCCAGACAGGUUCUGCUCUGCUUUCUGACAUCAGGGUUCCAGGCUUCAAAACUGGAAGGUCCCAGAAAUACCUCAUUUUGUCCAUGUAGAUUUUUAGAAUUGGUGAUUUAAGUUCUUGGACAAAUCGUGGACAGUGACCACUGUUCUUAUCUCACUUCUGUCUUAAGAGGGGAGCUAGGAAUUCUUUUAUGACUCCUGUUCUAGAACAUUCUGCCUAUAGUGGAAGGACAUCAGACACUAGGUUUUCUUAUUAGAGUAUUAAAAAUGACUAUUUAAUCCAUAUUGGAAUAAAUUCUCUUUCCAAUCCAAUUACUCAUUUUCCAAAAGAAAACCUGUUUUUGUUUUUGAUCCCUUAAAUGAAAGUACCUGAAAGACAAACUUUGGGGACCAUAUCCCACUGAGUACCUCAGACCCAUGACUCUGCUGGGUCAGGCUCCCCAGAAGAUAGGAACUUGAUGCUCAAGAAAGACAAGUCGAAGAUGAAGAACCAUUAAGUCUGUGACUUAAUGACCGUCAGUUUUCUCUAAAUCUGCGGCAGGAACUAUCCAACAUGAAUCAUUCAAUUCUACAGAAUAAUUAAAGGAAAUUAAAGCCAGGUAUGCUUAUAGGUUUUUUUUUUUUUUACAAAACAGACAA